UCACAAGGAAACCGGCACCGUUAAACGCAACUCCCAAGAAAUAAUGAGACGACUCUCCGCAUCUGCGGUAAUAAAUACAAUUUAAAUUAAAAUCCCCACACAUCUGCGGCUGCGUUCGCUAUUCGAAAUUCAAUGUCAUCUUGAUAACAACUUUUAAGCCCCACCUAAACUGACAUGUUUUUGACAGCCGACAGGUGUCAUAUUCCUGUCAAGAUCUACAUUAUCAACAUAAAUAUGUGUGCGUCCCUUUGACUUGACGGUUUGCUGGCGUUUGAAAAUAAAGUGAUGAUGCCCGAGAAGUUUACACUUUUUCUAAUUUGAAGGGAAAUUAUAGGAUCCGGGAUAUAGUUUCCUAUCAAAUAGACCUAGACUUUGUUUAUUUUAUAUUUUUAUUUCAAUGGCGGCAGCUAAUGAAGUUUUUAGUGAGCGAAUCGAGGGAUAUGAAAUACAAGAUCUUUUGGGAAAAGGCGGAUUUGCCAGUGUUUAUCGUGCGCGAUGUCUGAAUUCCAACAGGAUGGUGGCCGUAAAGAUGAUCGACAAAAAGCGGAUCCAAGCCGUCGCAAUGGUUGGUCGCGUCCGGCAAGAGGUUUCAAUACACUCUCGCCUCAAGCAUCCUUCCAUUCUCGAGCUUUACACAUUUUUCGAAGACCCAAACUACGUUUAUUUGAUCUUGGAGUUGGCUGAGAACGGAGCUCUGAAUCGUUACAUGAAGGACCACAAGAAAGUCAUGACAGAGCCUGAAGCCGCUCAUAUCAUGAAACAAGUUGUUGCCGGUCUCCUCUUCCUCCACUCACAUAAAAUCCUCCAUCGCGAUAUUUCUCUAUCGAAUUUGUUACUAACAAAAAACAUGCAAGUGAAAAUCGCUGACUUCGGCUUGGCCACACAACUUAGCCGACCGGAAGAGAAACACAUGACAAUGUGUGGCACACCGAAUUAUAUUUCACCGGAAGUUGCUUCACGAGCUUCACAUGGAUUACCAGCUGAUGUUUGGAGUUUGGGGUGCAUGUUUUAUACGUUGUUGACGGGACGGCCACCAUUCGAUACAGACGGAAUAAAGUCAACAUUGACGAAAGUCGUUAUGGCUAACUAUGAGAUGCCAAGUUAUUUGUCUAUGGAAGCUAAAGAUUUGAUUGAUAAGCUUUUACGGAAGAAUCCAGUGGAGAGAAUUCGCUUAGAGGAUGUACCAAGUCAUCCGUUUAUGUUGAAGUAUUCAAAUCAAAAUAUUCUAAAGGAGCAGAAUCAGACUUUAGGGUCGUCGGGGGAUAGCGGAAUUCUGACAAUUUCAAGCGGAGGCACAUCGCACAACCUCACUCGCCAGGGUAGCUAUUCACAACAAUAUCCGCGUUCGGGGGAUCGCUAUAACAACUUUCCAAUGUACAAAAUACCAGAGGUGUGUCAAGAAAUGGCUGUUCAGACGAGUGCCUACGGAUCUUCAUCUUCUGGAUCACGCUCAUCAAAUAAUUCUCCUCAGUGGGGUAUGCAACAAAUGGAUCAACAACAACAACAGUUCGACAGUAUGGAAGUGGACAGUGGUUUAAAUCAAUAUCGAUAUGAACAUUGUGUACAAAACGUAUUUAGCUCAAAAUCCAGUUCACAAUAUUCGUCAUCGUCAGACCAGCAAAUAUCAACGCAUUCGAAUUAUAUUUUGGAGGAUAUUAAGUACGAGACGAGUAAUCAGAAACCUUUUACGGCAAUCGGAGACUUGUAUAAUCCGGAAGAUCCUGGCGGAGGUGGUGUUAGGCAAGAUGGUUUACUGACGAAACAGAACCUCAACGUGUAUCAGUGUUCUGCGGAGUAUGCUCAAACGCCAGUUAAUUGCCAUCGGGGGUAUUCAUGUGAAAACAUGUUCGAAAACAAAGAAAUACUCCCCGUGAAUCAGUUUCAACAGCAAUGUCUAAACGCACCAGGAACUCCCCAAACACAGCCUCUGCAUCGUGGUCCUAUAACUAGUACACCCGCAGGUCCAUUGCCAUCUUCAUAUCCACCACCAGUUACUCCAAUUUAUCAUCAGGAAUCUAAUAUUCCCACCGCUGCUCACUCAUCCCAUCCUGCAUCACCGGGUCGUCAGAAGGUUCAAACCAAAGAGAAACUACCCAUCCCACCGUUAAAUACUGAAAGACUUUUGCCCACGCGUCACAAGACAAAGAAUGCCAUCAUGAGUAUCUUGAAAACUGGCGAUGUGGUUAUUGAAUUCACUAAAUUCAAGGCGCGUUACAAUGAAGAAAGGAUCGUUGAUGUUUGUUGGGUGUCGAAAGAUGGAUUGAGGAUUAUUAUUUAUCAGCCAGAGCAAGGAAGAGGGAUUCCUCUUCACGAUGAACCACCUAAAAUCCCACCCGCUGGCGCUGAUUCAAUUUUCAGCUAUGAAAGUCUCCCAACAAAACACUGGAAGAAAUACAUCUACGCCUCCCGUUUCGUGAACCUUGUGAAAGGGAAAACACCAAAAAUCACCUACUACAGUCCUAAGGCUAAAUGCCAACUGAUGGAGACACUGGAGGACUACGAAAUGUGCUUUUACAAUGGUUGGAAGAUUACGAAACAGACAAGCGAUGAAGUAAAAAUUAUUGACAGUGAUGGUCACUCGGUUAACACUCCUCCAAGUCUAUUUACGGGGACCGUAAAAACCAUGUAUGACCACUACAAAGAAUGUUUAGAACAUUGUAUUUUGAUUGAGAAGACUUUGAGCAGUAUUCCAAGCGAUGGUAUAUGCUUUCCGGUGAUAAUUGGACGAAGACCGACACAAGAGAUCAAGGGUCAGGAAGGUGUUCUGAAGAAUAGUACAAAUUUGAAUUAUGCAACACCAAGAUCACAACAGUUGCCAUCGUUUAACUUAACGAUGAGUACACUGUCAUCAAAUCGACCGGCAUCAGUUCAAUCCCAGGUUGCAUCGCAAUCAAACGUCCCGAUAAAGAGAAUAAAUGUUCCCGGCAUUGGUAUAGCUACACAGCUAUCGCAGGGUGUUGUGAACAUACAAUACCCUGAUGGAUCCAAUCUGAGUAUUAUUCCGGAGAACCAAGGCGGUGGUGUGACAUUCACGCCUGCCGACGGUGUAGCAGCACAUUUUUCGCUUUCAGAAAACUUGCCUAAUUUAGUGCGUGAGCGGUUAACGCACAUUCCUGCCGUUGUGAAACAACUGACAAAUGGUCUGACCAACAACGCAUCGGGUUCGCAGCAAAUCGGUGGCGCCAUGAGAGGUGCAGGAGGAGCCAAUAUGAGGUUUUUUCGAUAAUGUAUUGAGUAUUUCCUAAAUCGAAAUUUUUUUUGUAAUGUAUUUUUUAAGAAUAUUCUAUUUACAUGACUUGAACUAGGAAUAAUUUAUAUUUUAUGGAAAACAAAUAGAAAAAGUAAAAAAGUAUUCACUCGCCAAUGUUAAAAUUGUUAGUUUAGCAACGAAUCUAAAUAAGGUCUAAAGUUCGUUAGAAUAAUAAAAACUUUAUUUUAUACGAAUGUUUGUCAUAUAGAAGUUUCCAAAUCAGAGAGCCACAUGUUGUAGACUAUUGAUUAGUUUAAUGAUGGAACUAAACGCUUUCUUAAAAA